CUGGGGAGGGGGGCGCGCGGCGAGCCCCCGCCACCCCCGGGCGGAGUUGCUGGAAGGUUGCUAACUAUAGCGCCGGCCUGGGCAGAGCCGGGCGGCGCGCGGGGCGGCGGCUUCCCUGGGAGCGGAGUGCGGGGAUCGGGUUACAGAAAGCCGCGGGGGGAGAGACUAGACAGGAAAGAGCCACCAGCCCCUUCCUGGCCCGGCCAGCGGGGAGGGUCGUGGGGUCGAGCGGCACCCCUCGCCGAGCCCUGGCUGGCCGGCGGCCGUCGCCUGGUGUGCGCGUCUGGAUCCGCUGGUGGCCCGGCUUUUCGACCCCUUCUCCAAGGGCCUCGCCCUGUAAGCUGUAACUCUUCGCUCCCCUCGCCGUGGCGCGGAGCCUCCCGCCCCCCAGGGACGCCCCUCCACCUCCCGCGCACGCGAUGACUGGGGCUGGAGGGGCGGCGGGGCCGGGAUAUUUUCUUCCCCGCCUCCGGCCCUGAGCGCCCGCCCCUCGCCUCUGAUCUUUGUGCGGUGUGGCACUUCACCUGGUUACUGAUUUCUACGUUUACGCUGGUGUUUUGGGUAGAAAAGUGGCCAAAGUUCACUCGCGUUCAUUGAUGUCCCUUCUAAUCUCUAGAGGUUUUGCAAAGGAGGGAUAAUGGGCAGAUUUCAGUGCAGAGAAAGAAGUGACUUCGUGCUUGGUUAAAAAAGAAACAAAAACAAAACUAGCUUAUAUGUUUGCCACAGAUCGAUUUCCAAUGUUGCUUUUUAAAAAGUGACCUCGGCACACUCUUGGGUAACAACAGCUGAUGACAUGUAGCCAUACAAAUUGCGCCUGGCUUUCUAGGGACCCUGGGUACUUUGUUAGUGGGCCUAUCUUAUUUUUACAAUAAGAAUUUGAUGCCUCCCGAACUCAUUUAAAAAAAUUAUUUGGGCCAUGAAGACUGGAAAUUUCACUGCUUUGGAAGCAGCCGCCAGAAUCUGGGAGGGUGGAAGUUGGACGCAGCAGCCUUCUUCAGCCAUUAACAUCUAUCACAACUCUGGGUGCCCUUCUAGAUCACAAAAGAAUCAGCAGUCUCUGGUCCCAGCCCACCCCAUGGCCCCUCCCAGUCCCAGCACCACCAGCAGUAAUAACAACAGUAGCAGCAGUAGCAACUCAGGAUGGGAUCAGCUCAGCAAAACGAACCUCUAUAUCCGAGGACUGCCUCCCCACACCACCGACCAGGACCUGGUGAAGCUCUGUCAACCAUAUGGGAAAAUAGUCUCCACAAAGGCAAUUUUGGAUAAGACAACAAACAAAUGCAAAGGUUAUGGUUUUGUCGACUUUGACAGCCCUGCAGCAGCUCAAAAAGCUGUGUCUGCCCUGAAGGCCAGUGGGGUUCAAGCUCAAAUGGCAAAGCAACAGGAACAAGAUCCUACCAACCUCUACAUUUCUAAUUUGCCACUCUCCAUGGAUGAGCAAGAACUAGAAAAUAUGCUCAAACCAUUUGGACAAGUUAUUUCUACAAGGAUACUACGUGAUUCCAGUGGUACAAGUCGUGGUGUUGGCUUUGCUAGGAUGGAAUCAACAGAAAAAUGUGAAGCUGUUAUUGGUCAUUUUAAUGGAAAAUUUAUUAAGACACCACCAGGAGUUUCUGCCCCCACAGAACCUUUAUUGUGUAAGUUUGCUGAUGGAGGACAGAAAAAGAGACAGAACCCAAACAAAUACAUCCCUAAUGGAAGACCAUGGCAUAGAGAAGGAGAGGUGAGACUUGCUGGAAUGACACUUACUUACGACCCAACUACAGCUGCUAUACAGAAUGGAUUUUAUCCUUCACCAUACAGUAUUGCUACAAACCGAAUGAUCACUCAAACUUCUAUUACACCCUAUAUUGCAUCUCCUGUAUCUGCCUACCAGGUGGCAAAGGAAACCAGAGAAAACAAGUAUCGGGGCUCUGCUAUCAAGGUGCAAAGUCCUUCAUGGAUGCAACCUCAACCAUAUAUUCUACAGCACCCUGGUGCCGUGUUAACUCCCUCAAUGGAGCACACCAUGUCACUACAGCCCGCAUCAAUGAUCAGCCCUCUGGCCCAGCAGAUGAGUCAUCUGUCACUAGGCAGCACCGGAACAUACAUGCCUGCAACGUCAGCUAUGCAAGGAGCCUACUUGCCACAGUAUGCACAUAUGCAGACGACAGCGGUUCCUGUUGAGGAGGCAAGUGGUCAACAGCAGGUGGCUGUCGAGACGUCUAAUGACCAUUCUCCAUAUACCUUUCAACCUAAUAAGUAACUGUGAGAUGUACAGAAAGGUGUUCUUACAUGAAGAAGGGUGUGAAGGCUGAACAAUCAUGGAUUUUUCUGAUCAAUUGUGCUUUAGGAAAUUAUUGACAGUUUUGCACAGGUUCUUGAAAACGUUAUUUAUAAUGAAAUCAACUAAAACUAUUUUUGCUAUAAGUUCUAUAAGGUGCAUAAAACCCUUAAAUUCAUCUAGUAGCUGUUCCCCCGAACAGGUUUAUUUUAGUAAAAAAAAAAAAACAAAAAACAAAAACAAAAGAUUUUUAUCAAAUGUUAUGAUGCAAAAAAAGAAAAAGAAAAAAAAAAAAGAAAAGAAAACUUCAAUUUUCUGGGUAUGCACAAAGACCAUGAAGACUUAUCCAAGUGCAUGACCGGAUUUUUGUAGUUUUGUUCAUUUUGUGUUUGUGUUUUUUUUUUUUCCAGCUGUAUGAAAUGGGCUUUCUGAAGUUUAAAUAGUCCGACUUCACCCAUGGUGUUCUGUGCUUGCAGUGCGAGUGUUGGUGUAAUUCAGUGUUGCCGUCAGUGUCUCUUUUCUUAGCUUUCUGUCUUUCUUUCAACGUAGUGUGAAGUGUCUUAUCCUUUUCUAUGAAUUCCAAUUUGCCUUAACUCUUUUGAUGCUGUAGCUGUUUCAGUAAAAGUUAGUUCAAACUAAUGAUGUAGAAUGCUUUGACCAAAUGAGCUGGUCUAUUAUGCCUUGUAAAACAGCAGCAUAGGGCUUUUAAAAGGUAGUCAAUAAAAGUUGCUGAAAUUUUGGCUUUUUUAAAUAUGUAGUAGGUGUUUUUAAUGAUUUUUCACAUAAUGUGUAAGGUAGUGAAAUGCAAGAAGGGAAAAAUGUUUUGUGUGAAACACAUUUUCUGACUGGGGAACUUUUAUUAGGGUAAAUUGUUUGUAAGGCUGUACGCCAACAGUUUCCUCUGAUAGUUUGACUGAUUUAGGAUAUCUGCUGUAUGAUGCAAUGUAAAGUCUUUUUUGCCUUUUUUCAGGAAAAAAAAAAGCUAACUUGAUGUACUAGAUUUAGUGUAGGUAGUGUUGGGGUUGGGGAUGGGGGGUGGGGGAGGGGAGUCACUGAAUGUUUUGUCCUUCCUUUAUACUAAUGAUAGUGCUUUAGAAUGAGAAUUAUGCCUGAAAUCUGGCAAACCGAAAAAUGUUGCUAUUGCAACAAAGUGGCAAAAGCUAAAAGUAAGGAUUUAUCUUCAAACAUAAGCUGAGAUACGAAUAGAAGCAAAACGAUUGGCUACUAGCUCUCUCUCUCUCUCUCUAUUAGGUAAAUUUGAAAAAAUAAAAAUGACUUGGCACUUUUAAAGGUAACUUCACCAAAGACCGAAGAGCCAGUAACCAGUAGCUCCAACUUGUCUCAGCAUCACAUCUUCUGUGCUCUUUAUUUUUGCCGGACCAGUUUGCGGUUAGGAGAAUGUGCCUUUUUUGUACCUUUGCAUUUAGGUUUUAUAAUUUUAAUUGAUGUAUGGACACACACAAACAAAAAAGCAUGAAGGAAGAUUUGGAUCCAAGCAGUGCCACACUUUACAUCAUCACUACAAGUGUUCAAGUGUAAAGAAAACCAAUUUUGAAACUAUGAAAUUCCUGAUUCAUAAAUACACAGUUAUUUCUACUUUAGUACAUAUAAGAUAAUUCACUGUUAUUAAAGCUCUUUUAUUAAGGCAAUUGCAUAUGUUUUAAAAGCAAUGGUAAAUUAAGUUGUCUUCCAAAACUGUGUACUUGUCUGGUCAGCUGUGUAUGAUCAGUUAUCUACCUCAGAGUCUAUUUUCUUUUGUGCUGGGACAGGUUGCUGGCCCUCCCUGUUUCCACAGACCAAAUCCUCCUAGCUCAGGAGCUAGGGCUAAGCAGUUAUUUCUUUCAAGUAUUUUUUAGUUCUUAAAUUUUAUGCUUGUAUUUGAUGAUAGAUGUCAGUGACAUUUCAUAGUUUCAAAAGUCCUUGCUGCUCUGAGAAGUGUAGAUUCUAGUGAAAAUUACAUAGUCAUAAGAGAAAUGUGUUUUUGUUUUUGUUUUUGUUUCAUUUUUUUAAAGUUGUGGUAUUAUUGGUUCUAUGCUCCCUGGAAUAUUACUGCUUUGUGAAAGUCCAGACUGAACGCAGCACCCUCUGUGUACCUAGUACAGUUAUAAACCUGGAUCUCUCACUACUUGAUAUUUUUGCAUUAGUUAAGACAGAAAUUUGAUAGCUCGGUUAGAGGGGAGGGGAAAUCUGCUGCUAGAAAUGUCUGAACUAAGUGCCAUACUCGUCUGGGUAAGAUUUGGGAAACAUAACCUCUGUACAUAAAAAAAAAAUCAGUUAAACAUCACAUAGUAGACAGCCAUUAAAUUAUAAAAAAAUUAAUUUAUGAAGAAAGACCUUUUGUACAGAUUGAAAAAAAAAGAUUUUCAUAGAGAUAUCUAUAUGAUCAAGAGAGUUAAUUUUUUAUUUUUGUUUUACUAGUGCCACAGACUUGCCAGUGGUAACUUAUUUGUCCGGUUCAAGAUAACUCUGUAGUUUUCUUUCCUAGGACUUGUUGUUAAACGCCAAAAGACAUUUUUGAACUGUACAUUUGAUCAGAUUGUUAGCUUUUCUGUUUUAUUUCUUUUGAGAACCUUUGAAUAAAAAACAUCUGAAAUUUUA